GGGUUGCGUAACCUCACAUUUAUAGUGUUUUGGUUUUGGAGUCAUGCCGUUCCUCACAAAACUCCUGAGGAAAUCUCUCCUCCAGUCCUAUCAGGGCAGAGUGUCGGCGGUGCGGAGUCGUCUGGAUGGCAUUACAUUUCCCCAGAGAUUGAAGGGGACAAUAGUGGAGAAAUGGGCGAACUACUGGAGACAACUGCUCUUGGACUAUCAAGAAGUGAUUGUGAACGUGGGGAAAAAUGCCCGGGAUAAGCCGCUGAAGGCCUCAAUCAUUGCUGCGACGACAGCUGGUCUGUACUACUGUGGUAAGACAAAUCCCGAUGAGGAGAGCUUCCUGCAAGAUCUGCGGCGCUAUCAGAACGAAAUGAGCCUCGUGCACGAAUCUCUGCACAAUCCCACGUCCAAGGAGCAUCUGCUGAUGGUGGAGCAGAACCAGAACUCUGGCCAGUUGCGGUGUCUGUCCCUGGGAGUGAUGUCCCUCAUGUGGCUGCAUGAUUUCAGUCCCGACACAGCUACUUAUCGCGCAACUUGCGAGUACUUGCAGCCGGAAUGGUCAACAUUUCACCGGCGAAUCAUCGAUGUGGGCUUCUUGGGACAGUGGUGGAAUUUCAGACGCAAGAUGACCAAUUACGACAUUAAUUAUUAG